CUCUACAUAUCAUUGCAUCAGUCAUGUUCGCGGCCACUCCCGGCUGCAUGUGAGCAUGCGAGCCCUCGCACCAACACGGCGUCCCACCCUGACGCCCUUGGCGGACGGCGGCGAAACCUUGGCACAACCUGCCUGGCCGGCUGGCACCGGCCCAAGAGUGCCCGAGUCGCGCCGAGAGGGUCCGAGUGGCGGCGGACAACGGCGAUGGACGCCACGGCGCCGAGGCGUCAAGAGCCGCAGAGGGGACACUGGCGUCGUGAGAAAUGCACGUCUCUUCCCCUCCCCACUGGCCAAGCAAAGAGAGAGAUCCAACGCCCACGCCCCGUGCACUCGACACAGUUGACAUUACUUCUUUAUCAUAUCAGCUCAGAGCAUAACAACAACAACAACAACAACAACAGCACCAUGAAGGUCCUCGUCCUCGGCGCCACGGGCUUUAUCGGCCUCCCGGUCGCCCUCACCCUCUCGCGCGCCGGCCACGUCGUGUACGGCACCACGCGUGACGCCAAGGCUGCGCGCAAGCUGCUCGCGCAGAACGAGAUCCACCCCCUGCUGGUCACGCUCGCGACCGAGCGCGGCGAUAGCGUGUGGGGCAAGAUUGCGUCCGAGGUGGACGUUGUCAUCGACACGAUCCGCUCGUUCGACGCUGAAGGCCCGCUCAAGUCGUUCCGCCUCGUCGAGGCCCUCGCGACCCGCGGCGGGCCCGCACAGAAGAUCACGUACAUCUACACGGGCAGCGUGGCCGAGGACGCGCCGUGGCGGUGGGAUGUGGAGAAGGAGAUUUUGGCCAGCGACAAGGUCAACGGCAUCGUCAUCCGCCCCGGUGUCCUCUACGGCCGCAGCGGCGCGACCCUCGAGCCGUUCCUCCUCGCGCCGGCCUACGACGCGGGCAAGGCAGGCACCGAGUUCGAGACGAUUGGGUACCCCGAGACGCGGCUGUCCUUGAUCCACCAGGAUGAUCUGGCCGAGCUGUUCCUGCGCGUUGCUGAGCGGGGCCCCCUCCUCAAGGGCCAGGCAUUCACAGCCGCCAACGCCCAGUCUGAGCGCUGGGUCGACAUCCUCGACGCCGUGCAGCGCGUGUCGGGCGCAAAGGGAUACCGCCUGCGUGCGCCGUCGCCAGAUAUGCCUGUCGAGCAGACUUGGGCGACCGCCGCCAACCUCCGACCCAGCCUCGCCCUCUCCCUCACCGGCUGGGUGCCGCGCAAGCCCGGACUCGUGGACGGCAUCGAGUCGUACUGGGUCGCCUUUGUGGCGCACUACGAGGGCCGCAAGACGAUUGCCGCGUGGGAGCUGCCUGGCGUGACCCGCCCAAGGACGUAGAGGUAGACCCCACCUGGUCGCUAGAGGUUGACUUGAGCACCUCCCCCUCCCUCCCCCACCCACAGCUAGUCAGUCACAUGUACAUUAUGCAAGCUCGUACACUCGUACAACA